AUGUCUACUUCUCACGAUGCAACAAGUACAGGCGGUGGUAUCGACUUGAGCGACGACAAUAUUACCCAAGCGGUCAUUGAUAUCAAUGCCAACAAUCCGGAUGCCAGAUUCAAGUUCGUGAUGGAGCAGUUAGUCACGCAUCUGCACGACUUUGCACGCAAAACGCGCCUGAGCACAAGCGAGUGGAUGGCCGCAAUCCAUUUUCUAACAAGGACGGGCCAGACAUGCACAGAUUUAAGACAGGAAUUUGUCCUGCUGUCCGAUGUUCUAGGUCUCAGCCUACUCGUGGACAGUAUGGACCACCCGAAGCCCCCGGGAUGCACUGUUGGCUCGCUGCUUGGACCCUUCCACACAGAUGAUGCAGAAGAUGUCGCUCACGGCACUCAAAUCAGCAACGACGCAAAGGGUAAGCCACUCCUCCUCAUCGGUUCGGUCAAGAACACGCAGGGGGAGCCAAUCCCUGGGGUGACUAUCGAUGUCUGGGAGACAGACUCGACUGGCCAUUAUGAUACCCAGUAUGAAGAUCGAACGGGUCCCGCUGGACGUGCACUGCUUACAACAGACGCUGAGGGGGUAUUCUGGUUCAAGGCUAUCGUGCCCGUGCCCUACCCCAUCCCUGGUGACGGCCCCGUCGGUGAGCUCCUCAAGUCGCUUAAGCGGCACAACAUGAGGCCAGGCCACAUGCACUUUAAAUUUGAAAAGGAUGGAUAUGACCCUUUAAUCACCGCUCUCUACCUUCGAGGUGACCCAUACGAGAACUCAGACGCCGUAUUUGGUGUUAAGGCGCCAUUGGUGGUUGGCCUGGACCAAGUCGACAACGCAAUGGCAACAAAGUACAAUGUUUCAGAUGGAACCAGACUUCUAACCUAUGAUUUUGUCCUCGCGACACACCAAGAAACAAACGCGUUGCGCGACAAGAAGAGUCAGGAGGCUGUAGACAAGCUAGGAGGUAACAUUAAAGUCGUCCAAGGGCUUCCAGUCAAGUUCGAGGAUAAGUGA